AUCUUCAAAUCUCCAUCCGCACCUGUUAUGAUAGUGACAAUUAGCAGAUUUGUUGUUAACAGUACAAAAUGUUAUAAUAGGCAUGAUGAAUGUUAUUUAAAAUUGUCUUUAAAAUGUAGAUUUAUAUUUAUUCGAACCCGAGGGAUCAUAUGGAAAGCCUAAAGUUGAGAGAACGUACGCACAUGUUCCUGCUUAGGUUAUUUUUUGUACCGUUUCAGUUUCGGGCUAAAAGAGGAUUAUUUCAUGAAAUUGGGCAGUUGAGAUGACACAAAACGAUUCCCACAGUUUUGAGUAUUGGUUCAUAGGCCUCCCAGCAUCCAAUGAUCCAAAAGAUGAAAAGGCAAAAGACACAAAGAUCAAAGAUCCUCUCGGGAAGAAUUGGGAAAAGGUGAACGAAAUAACGAAGAAAUUGUGUGAAAAUUUCCAUUUCCCGUUGCCAGAUUUGAGGGUGGGGACUUUGGACCAUUUGCUCACGGCUUCUGUUGAUCUAGAAAGAUUGGAAUCAGUCAUUGAAUCUGUAGCGUCUAAGAUAAGUCAAGCAUUAGCCGACGUAAUGGAAUUGAAAAUGGACCAAAUGGAAGAAUUCCUGAACGUGAACGGCGUUUCACUUCCAGAAUAUUUGCUCAAGUUCAGAUGGGAUCUAUCCAAAUAUUCGAUGAGGCAGACGCUGAAAGGCAUCGAAGACCAAAUAGAGAAACAAAUGGUGGGAUUAGAAAUGGAAACUAAAACACUUCAUUGCGAAUACGUAGCAGCGAGAACAGAACUUGCCUCAAUGGAGCGGUAUGAGAAAGGCCCCCUUCAUACGAGGAACGUGUCCGAAUUCGUUAAGAUGGAAGACUUCGUACUCAACUCGGAACACCUCAUUACCGUCCUGGUGGUCGUAUCCAAGACCAGCUACCAUGAUUGGUACAGUAGCUACGAGAAGCUAGACAACGAAGUGGUCCCUCGAUCGACGAACCUUCUUUUUGAAGAUUGCGAGUAUGGUCUGUUCAACGUCACACUAUUCAAGCGGCACCUAGACAAUUUCAGGGAGAAGGCCCACGAAAUGAAGUUCUACGUGAAGGAUUUCAUUUUUGACAGAGUUAGGAUCCAAGACGAGCGAGAUCGACUGACCAGCCUUCGGCAGAAGAAGGCGACCCUCAUAGGCCCUCUCAUCCGGGCCCUCAGGAUCAACUUCAGCGAAACCUACAUGUCCUACCUCCACAUCAAGACGAUGCGGGUCUUCGUCGAGUGCGCUCUCCGUUACGGGCUACCGGUCAACUUCCUCGGUCUCAUCAUGGUCACGCCUAAGAAGAAUAUUAAGAAACUUCGCGAUGUAUUGUUCAAAGAAUUCGCUUACUUGGAUGGUUCGCUGCCCAAGGAGGAAGUCAGAGAAGAGAAAAAGGUACAACCGGAUCAAGCUGCGCCAUCUCCCGACUACUUCCCGUAUGUGUGUAUCAAGGUCAACGUGGAGCCUCAAGAAUUCAAGUAAAUACAGUUACAAUUUUUUGUCCAAGAAUGAAAAUAAAAUGAGUAUAUAAUACAAUAUUAAAAAU